AUGGCUCGAAUAAAAAGUUUAAUUUCACCCAAAUUUUCACAAUUUGCUAAUGAUUAUGAUGUUUAUGUUGAUUAUGGAAAAGGACGACCAAUUAAAAUGAAUAAUAAUGAGGCAACAUUUAUAGAUGUAGAACAAUUUCUUAUUGAUCAAAAUCGUUUAUCAAAAUUGAUUAAUAAUAAAAAACCGAACGAAGUUCUGGCAACAAAUGUAACUAAUAGAAACAAAACAAGUAUCAGGAAUAGUAACAUAUACGAUUCAACAAAAAAUAAUGGAAAACUUUCAACACAUAAAAUUGGUCAUUAUUCAAAUUUUCGUAAAUAUAGCGAAGAAAAGACAAAUCAUAAUUAUUCAUCAGUACCUACACUUAAUCAUCUAUAUCAAAACUCAUCAUCAGCUCGAAUCGAACCAACAAUAAUCUAUGAUGAAACUUGGUUAUCGAACAAACAAUAUAAUAAACGUGUAGCUGCAUUUAUUGAUCAUAUAAAUAUAAAAUUUACUAAUAAAAAUACAGAAAUAUCUAAUGAACGUAAAUUAUCUACUUACAAAGUAUCUACAGGACAAAUUAUUCAUAAAGGAAUCUAUCCGGCAAAAAUUGAAAAACACUUAUGUUUACGUAUUGCUGUUAAUGGUGCAUCAAAAUCUUUACGAGGACAAUUACCAUUAUCAAAUUUAAAUUUAAAUAAUGGAGAUUUUGGUGAUGAUGCUGGAAUGAUUGUUGAAAAUCGAAAUUUUUGUUUUGUUGGUCUAGCUGAUGGUGCUGGUGGUAAUCGUUCAUAUGGAAUAAAUCCAGCGGAUUUUUCUCGAGCUAUUUUAGCUGCUUGUGAAAAAAAUUCUUCAUCGAAAUAA